AUGACCAGGAUCAGAACGAUUCCAAAAUCGCACAAUUACGAUGAAGAAGCUGAAACCCUCCUCGUUCCACGACUCCGUCUUCUGGGCCUGUCAAAUGACCAAGAUCAAUACGAUCAUGAAUCAGAAGGGCAUGAUGAUCUUCCACGCAUUGUUCAACCCAGCUCCGUUCGACAUCGUUUCACUACAAGGGAUUUCAGCUACAAAACAUACCCUCAAUCCGGCAGUCCCGUCAAGCUGGUCUAUGUCGAAUCGAAAUCUGAGGCAGACUCACAGCUCUCAAGACUCGCUGGCUCAAUUAUAGGCUUGGACAUGGAGUACGUUGGACCCACAUGGACCCGCAACCAACGACCAGUCUUACUUCAAUUCAGCGAUGAGAGAUUGAUCGUAUUGGUGCACCUUCGGGAUAUCGACCACGACAUCCUUCACGGUGGACCUCAAAUUGGUUUGGCGACUCUAUGUGAGAAGUAUUUGGGUCUUGAAUCAUGUAGAUGGCAUGAGGGUAAUUACAGUGGAAUUCUGACAGAGAGGCAAAAAGACUACGCUGCCAACGAUGCUUAUGCUUCACUGCAGAUGUGCCUCAAGCUCCAACAUCUAGCUGAAGAAAAGAGGAUCUACCUAGAUUUGGUUGAAUCAUGUACCGAGCUUAGUAAUCGAGAUAUACCUUCUACAGUACCAGUACAACGACCCACCGAUAAUCACGCCAUCGAUGAUCUUACAUCUUCCUCCCCUGUCCAAGGUCAGAUUUGA